AUGAACGAGACCCCCCGAAAGCGCAUCGUCGUCGCAAUAACAGGCGCAACCGGCGCCUUAAUGGGCAUAAAAACCCUCCUCGCCUUGCGCCAACUCAACAUAGAAACCCACCUCAUCCUGAGCAAAUGGGGCGAAGCCACAUUAAAACACGAAACAGACUACAAACCCUCAGCGCUCAAGGCACUCGCCUCCUACACACACAGCAUCCACGACAUGGCAGCCCCGAUAUCCAGCGGGUCCUUCAAAACAGACGGGAUGAUCAUUGUGCCGUGUAGCAUGAAGACACUGGCGUCGAUCAACUCGGGUGUCUGCGACGAUUUGAUUUCCAGGACGGCGGAUGUGAUGCUCAAGGAGAGGAGGAGGGUUGUGCUUGUGGCGCGCGAGACGCCGCUGAGUGAGAUCCAUUUGAGGAAUAUGUUGGGGGUGACGAGGGCGGGUGCGGUGGUGUUUCCGCCUGUGCCGGCGUUUUAUAUUCGGCCUGCGAGUGUGGAUGAGUUGGUGGAGCAGAGCGUGGGCAGGAUAUUGGAUCUUUUUGAUCUUGAGACUGGGGGGUUUGAGCGGUGGAAUGGAAGAUUAUGUACCUGA